AUGGCAACACCGGCCCCUACAUCUCGCUCGCGCGCCCCUCCAGCAGGUGACGAAGAAGCCUCUACCGUUCUCAAACUGGGAGAAUUCCAAGACGUAGAUGCGCUCACUCAUUCGGAAGCAGCACUUGUUAUUAACGCGCUUGUCGCAAAACGUCGCGGUGAUCGCAAAAAUGUAAAUGAGACCGAGAUUUUAAGUAAGACUCAAGAAUACCUGGAUCAUUUUGCGAGGUUUAAAAGGAAGGAGAAUGUGGAGGCUGUGGAGAGACUUUUGGGGAGUAGAAGUGAGUUGGCGAAAUUUGAGAGAGCACAAUUGGGUUCAUUAUGUUGUGACACAGCCGAUGAAGCAAAGACUUUAAUACCCAGUUUACAAGAUAAAAUCAGUGAUGAUGAUUUAACAGAGUUAUUGGAUGAAAUUACAAAGUUGAUGGGAUUUACGAAUUAA